AACCUUGAUGCAUGACAUCAAGGAGGGCAGGAUUGAGAAAGUCGAGUUUCUCGGACCUUCCUCAGUCAUUGCGCAGUACAACGAUAGUAUAAGCGUAGUUGACUACGGAAGCACUGCAGGAGGUCGGGGCGUAGCUGGCGAAACGGGUAGUGGUGAAAGAGGAUCAGGAGGACGGACGAUGAAAAAUCAAUUGUCACCACCAGGCCACCACAAGACCUACGUCCCAGCACCAUCACCAAGCAACAAGUUUGCGCAGGCGGUGUUAGCCCCGGGCUCCCGGGAAGCGUUUUUCGCUUUGGUGCGGGAGCACGUGCCGCAGUUUGCUGUCGGCGAGGUGCCGCCGGAAAAGCUGGCGACGCGGUUUUUUCGAGGGUUGCUGCAGCUCGCGGUCCCGUCCGCGUUCCUGGCUGUUUGGUACCAGCUGCUAAAGUCGAUCAUCGAUAAGAAAGAGGACUACGAUCCCUCGAAGCAAAACCGGAGACAGUCGAACUUGGGGAAUCCAAAGGACCGGCAAGUGAAGCUAUCCGACAUCACGCUGCCACACGCGGUGAAACAGGAAUUGUUUGAAGUGGUGGACCUUUUGAAUCACCCGGAAAAGUACCGCCACCACGGUGUGGUUCCCUUUCGCGGCGUUCUCCUGACCGGCCCGUCAGGAACCGGGAAGACGAUUAUCACAAGAGAAGCAUACUACUGUUCUUCUCUGUAUAGAAAUUUGUGAUGGCGAGGAGGCAACUAGCUACACAGAUCAUGAAAAAGUGUGUCACUACACGAGGCAAGACAGAGCAUUUUUCGUCCAUCUUGUGCUGUAGUUUUUUCUUCGGAAGCACGCAAUGCAAGUUUCCUUUGUCGCGGAGUGGUUGUAGAGUAGCAGUUGUGACGCAAUCGCAAGCCCAAGCCCCCUUCCACAAAAGUGAUAUGAAGGAGGGAACAGCCAUUUUUUUUUUCCUCCCGAUAACGAUGGUGGCCCGGGCAGUGGCUUACGAAGCGGAGGCCGCGUUUCUUUCCUGUGUCGGGUCGGAACUGAUCGAGCUCUACGUUGGCCGCGGGGCAGCAAGGGUGCGGGCGAUUUUCGCGAAGGCGCGACAGCUCGCUUGUGCCGCGAGUGGUCCUGGUUGCGGAACGAUAAGGAACGGGAAGAGGUGGAAUUUCGGGAGCGGGACGUCGAGGAAUAGAAGCAAUUGUACUUCGUCUGCGCCGCCUAUUACGCAUUGCAAAACCAAAAGCAGAGUCAACGUACUAAAUCAUCUUAAUUGCAUUCACUACGUGUUGUAUAGAAAAAUUUGUGAAGCUGCAGCUGGUUUAGAAACUACAAGGGAAGCAGUACCACAAGACAGAACGACGUACUUCAGAUGCAAUAUUGAGAUAGGGGCUAGAAAGAUGAAUGCACGAACUGCGCGAGACUUCUGCAGUGGAUACCUGCUACUCCCCUCCAACACUUUCUUCGGGCCGCAGCGGGCAGCGUCGGCGCGUCGAAAUACUUUAGCAUAAAGGCAGGGACGAGCCGCCAGCAUGUGGAAAGUACCUCGUCCUGCGUGCUAUUUUUCGACGAGAUCGAUGCGGUCGGGGCCAGGACUGGGUCGUCCAGUCGGAUCGGCAGCAGCGGUCCGCACGACGAGGUGAUUCAGACGGUGAAUCAGUUGCUGCAUGAACUGGACGGCUUCGGAUGUUCCGCGUCCGACGACCGCGUGUUGGUGCUCGGCGCCACGAACCGGUACGAGGCUUUGGACAGUGCGCUGCUCCGCCCGGGCAGGUUCGACCGCCAGAUCUUUUUGCGGUUGCCAACCGCAAAGGAGCGGGGUCUGAUUCUGGAAAAUCUACUCAGGAAAAAGCCGGUCUUGCUGUUUCCGGAGCUUGGCGAGACAUUGGAAACGCUGUGCGCCGACGAAGUGAUGGGAAAUACGAGCAGCGGCGUCUGCUUCUCUAUGAAAUUGGAAAGGGAAUGUUGAUCAUGUUGUGAAUGUAUAGUCAUGUGGUCACGCAAUACUGGGAUGGUGAAAACGAAAAGGUGAAAAUAUAAAUGAAUUCAUUUCUGUCAUGCACGCGACAGACACGCUGAAAUACUCCUCGCUGCGGGUUACUGAUGUCCUCUUAGUUUGCACUGUAAUUGUAUCUCAAAACGACAUCACAAUUAGACUUUUCCAAGUCACAUUCUCCGGAGCGGACGUUGCCCACAUCGUCAUGGAGGCUGUCUACAACAGUCUGCGUCGGGAACCGCAGAUUUUGGUGAGGAAAAUUCCGAAGCGGGAGAGAGGCGGUCCAGUUCCUGGCGCACCAGGAACAUCAACAUACACGAGUGCUACGUUGUCCCCUUUCGCCUUCGCGACAUCAAGCAAUAAAUGGCGGCCCCUUGACAUGUCCGUUUUGCAAAACCACCUCAAUAGUGGUAGAUCGGCGGCCGCGGCUCCUAGUACUGGCGCAACUAAUGCAGCGGUGGAGAAGAAACCGAAUGCGACGCGGCACUGCGGCCCCGGAACAGCCGCGGCGGCCUCGCGCUCCUCGACGUCAGGAGCAUCCUCGCCGAGUAAAUGUAAAGCGAAAGCAGCUCCUGCAAAGGGAGUUGCAGGCGGCACAGGAGCAUCAUCUUCGGUGACGACGGGAACCCCCGCAGCUCGGAGUUGUAACGCCACCACAUCUUCCUCGUCGUCCGUCGAAACUCCGUUCCCUUCCUCUACCACAGCCACGCCCACCACGUGUUUCACCCCCGACGCAGAUGUUUGGGAGCAAUCAGGAAGGCUUGCCCUUGGCCGCCCCCGCGAACACGCAACAGUCUCAAUCACCGGACUGGGAGCGGCCAGUCCGACGGGCGCUAGUGGAGGAAGCUACGGGGGCCAAAAUAGCACUACGUACGGACUGAAUAACCGCUCCCUGAUUUCCCUAACCGGCACUGGCGCUAGAAACGAGAGCAGGACCCAAAAUAGCAAUCGACCGCGCGCGGACUCGACAGGCGCGUUUUCCGACACCAGUGGGAAGAGUGACGCGACCUUUCGCACACCGUCCUCUUCGGAAUCGAUUUCGGCGCAGGAUGUUGCAUCGAGCAGAAGGGGAAAUGAGAGGAGAGGAAGUAGUGGGACGGACUCCAAAGCUCGUCGUGUUCAAGAGGAGCCAGGUCGCCGCGGGGCCCUAGCACAAACUAGCUUUUACAACAUUGGUAGCAGUUCUGCUGGGAGCUCGGCAACCUCGGGCUCCCUCGCAGCAGGAGCGGACAGCGCCACGAAUACCAAUUCUAAUUCCUCCUCUGACAGUUCCGACGAUGAUGAGGACGAAAAUAAACUCGACACGUCAACAUCCAAUGCGGCAGCCAACCUUCUGUCUCGACUCUCAGACCAUCAGCCUAUCCUGCGCAGCUGGAUGCAACGAGCAGCAAGCUUCGGCACUGCAACGGAGUCUCUAAAUGCGGCCGGACCUUCUGGUGGAGUGGAGGCUCCUCAUGAACUACAGGAUCAUAUGACCAAACCUCCUCGCGUCGCGAUUCUUUACUGCGACCUGGAGAAAGCCGUGGCUCGGGUCGCCGCGCAGGUCCGGACAAGGGCGCAGGGGGAAAGAUGGAAACUCUUUCCCGGUGGAGGGGGUGGACAAUUUGGAAAGGAUGGUGAGAAAUUUUUUGCAGAGGCGCUGGCUGUUUAAACAAAAAGAAAAAGAGGUGCUACUCGUUCAGGGACGAGGAGAGGUUUUCACUGGAUCUGGAAUUGGCGAAAGCCCAAUUAUCUCCACAGAGCCGCGCCCGAACAAGGCAGUUCUUUUUCAUUUUGCUGUACAACUCGCGUUGUUCCCUCAAUA